UUGUAGUCUGCCGCAAAAUCUGCCCCUGACUGGUUCUUUUGCCUUUCAGUAGAUAAACGUUUGGUUUGUUCAGCGAUAGUUCUAGCUCAUCGACAAAAAGGAUAGGUGCAAAAUGGCGAGGGAGCCAGUAAAAUAUAGUGGUGUCUAAAAGUCCAGAUGCUGAGUGAAGUGUUCAUUAACCAGCUAUCCCUUGAGAGUGUUAGCUUGCCGCUAACAGCAAAGAUGAUUGAUGCUUUCUUGCUCGUCUGACUGCAUUGUCUUCUUAGUUUUGGGCUCAGAGCACGGGCCAACAGCAAAGUAUACAUAACUGAGUGUGUUUAUUUUCAAGUGAAUAUCAAUCUGCAGCCUCUCGCAAGAUCUGAAAAGCCACAGUCGAACAGCACAGAAACACAUACAGUUGUUGAUGGCAAUGAUCGCCAGGAGAAGCAAGAGCUCUGUACAUCUCUUGCAUAAAGUCCUCUUUUCCGACCACCCUCUUCCCUGCUCAUACACCCAGCGGCAGACCUAUGUAGAUGUGUACAUGAAAUGGAAGAAAGACUCUUUUUUUGACUCCAUUGAUACUAUUCACAGAUCAGUUCAACUCAAGCCCUUAAUUGCUCUUAAGAACUGCAUAGUCUCCUGUUCACCUAAUGAUUAUUGCAUCCCCAUUUCUGUUAUUUCGAAAAAAGGCUUAGAGUUAGGGAUACCCAUUAAGGUUGCCAGGUUCUUAAGGCUGUAUCCAUCUGUUUUUGAGGAAUUUACUGGCCCUAACUACAAUUUGCCUUGGUUUAAGUUGACCCAGAGGGCUAUUGAGCUUGAUAGAGAGGAGAGAGAGGUCUACUUAAAAUUUAAGGAUGAUAUCAGUUUGAGGCUGAAGAAGUUGAUACUGAUGAGUGGCAGGGAACAGAGGCUUCCUCUAAAGAUAAUUCAGGGUCUGCAAUGGUAUUUGGGGUUACCUGACGAAUUCUUAAGGAGACCGGAAGACAAUCUUGAUGGGUGUUUCAGAGUUGUUGAAAUGGAAGAUGGAUUGAAAGGGAUUGCUGUUGAUGUUCAUGGAAGUGAAAGGUUUUUAUCAGUGAUGCAGAUGAAUGCGAUGAGGAGGGGAAUAUAUAGUGGUGUGGAGGGCGAGGCAAUAGAAUUUCCACUGUAUCCAUCAAAGGGAUUGAGGCUUAAAAGAAAGAUUGCAGAUUGGUUUGAUGAGUUUCAAAAGUUUCCAUAUGUUUCACCCUACGAGGAUUAUUCAGGUUUGGAUCCAAAUAGUGACAUAGCAGAAAAACGAGUGGUGGGUGUGCUUCAUGAAUUGCUUAGUUUGUUUGUCGAGCAUGCUGCAGAAAGGAAGAAGCUUUUGUGUCUUAGGAAAUACUUGGGGUUGCCGCAGAAAGUUCACAAGGCAUUCGAGAGGUAUCCUCAUAUCUUCAAUUUGUCAUUGAUGAACAAGACUUGCACCGCAAUACUAAAAGAAGCUUACUGUGAUAGAGGGGCUAUCGAGGAACAUCCAUUAGCAAAAGUUAGAAAAAGGUAUAUCAAAUUGAUGAAGGAGUCGGAGGGUAUACUGAGACGUAGAAGGUUUAAUAACAAGCCAAUUGAUCAGGGUGACUCGAAUAUCAAGGACUUGGAUUGUACAGAUGAUGAGGAUAAGAAAUUUACAACUUAACUCUGCUCUUUAUGCUUGUGCCACUAUAAUCAUGUGCAGGAUUUAAAAGAAAUUAUAACCGAGAAGCAAAAGAAAAUUGAAAGAACUGUUCAAGCAGGAUUUGUAAGCAUUUGGAAUGAAAUGUAAAGACUGUUUUGAUCUGUAUAGCUUCAGAGGUGGAUGUUUCUCUCAUUUAUGCUGCAGUUCUUUCACUCAUUAAGGGCGAUUUCAGUAUGAAAGGGAUGGCCACAGUCAUGUGACGGAAUUGUCAUACUAUUAUGUAUUACCAAUGGAGCCUCGAAGUCUUGAUCAACGGUACAUGAUUAGCUUACAUGAUGUAUUAUUAGCUCACUGAUGCCCCCCCCCCCUCCCCCUCUUCAUAUCUUCUAUAUAACAUGCUUGACACUUUUAUAUAACAAUGUUGGAUAGUUUUAUUUCGUUUUUCCUCGACAUAUAAUUGCUAUUCUUUGUGAUCUAUCUUAACUCUUUUCUUAGUUUCAUGCUUUCUUUUGUUGUUUCUUCAUAUACCAAUGCCACCUGACUAUGGCAUUGCUUUCUGCUCGGUUUUCUCAAGGUUGAAAUUAUUGAAGUAGGAGCAUGCUCAUUGAGUCUGUGCUCUUUCAAGCAUCCAACACCACAUGGAAUUAAACUGUCCUUGUUGAUGUGUUUAUGUUUAGUUCCAAGACUAGAUGCUUUGUCUAGUUUUGAGUGAACUGUGGAUUGUGCAUGUUUAAUCUUUGGUCAUUACAAUCCCCUAUAAGGAACCUCCUGUGACUUUUUGGUGUAGUUCAAAACAGAGAAGCCUCCAUUGCAGACUGCAGAAACUAUGAUGGAUGCCUUUCGGGAUUGAGAGGAAGUCAUUCUUACCGGAAGAUAGAAGAAUAUACACGAACACCUCAUCAUCAUUGAAAGCAGCAGCAACAGAGCUGGCAUUAUAAGGAAACUACUUAAAGAAUUCUUGAAAAUAAGCAUAGAUCAAUCAAUAUAUGUAAUGAAAUGUAGUGUCUUAUAAUUGCUAUAUUCCUGGUUUGAACUGUGCAUUACAGCCAAGAUGUAAAAUUUUGUGUACUUUUUGAAUUACCUACAUGUUUAAGGGAACAUAAAGUCCCCUUUUUCUGUACAAUUUUUGGCACCUUGAUGGUGCAAUCAAUGAAUUUAUAGCAGAAAUAAAUGUUAUUGUGAUCA